CGCGCCAAGCGUCGCCGGUUCUGCGUCUCGUCCGGGGCGGGGGAGGGGCGGCGUGGUGCGCGUGCGCGUGCGCGAGUCCGCUUCGUUGGGCACCUGUUCCAGCCAUGGAGGAGCUACAUAAAGAUUUAGAUGAGGUGAAAGAGCUUUUGAAAAAAGCAUCAAGAAAAAGAGUUCAUGAUGUGUUGCUGGCAGAAAAGAAUAAGAUAGAAAGAGAAAUCAAGAACCAGCUACCAGUCAAAAUUAAAGCAGAAACAUCUGAAGAAGAAAGACCGGCUCCAACAGGAUACACAGUGAAAAUCAACAAUUAUGCUUGGGAUCAGUCAGAUAAAUUUUUGAAAAUCUACAUCACUUUAAGUGGAGUUCAGCAUCUCCCAGCUGAGAAUGUGAAGGUGCACUUCACAGAAAGAUCAUUUGAUCUGCUGGUGAAGAAUCUGAAUAACAAGAACUACACUAUGACAUUCAACAAUCUUCUGAAACCCAUCUCUGUGGAAAGCAGCUCAUGGAAGAUCAAAACAGAUAUGAUACUGAUAUUAUGUAGGAAAAAGCAAGAGGAAAAAUGGGAGUGCCUAACACAAGUUGAAAAAGAGACUAAAGAGAAGGAGAAAGCUGCUUAUGACACCUCAGACCCGAGUGAAGGGUUGAUGAAUCUCUUGAAAAAGAUGUAUGCUGAAGGCGAUGAUGAAAUGAAGAGGUCAAUUAACAAAGCCUGGGUUGAGAGCCGAGAAAAGCAAGUCAAAGAUGAUUUACCAAUAGAUAUUUGAACAAAUACCCAUCUUAAAUAUACAUCUUUUGUAUGGGGCUUCUGCUGAGAUCAGAGAAAGUGUGCUGUUUACAUAAUCUUCCACGCAAAAAAGAAGUUUUACAUUUCAGGUUGGAGAUGGGAAAUAAAGCAUGCAGAAAAGCUUUUCCUUCAAAUGUGUUGCCCUUUUUCCAUAAAGCUUUAAGUGCUUUUUGUGAAAUUGAUAAAAAUAAGUAAGCUAGUUUGAGUGCAACUGUGUAUUGUCUGAAAUCAACAUCUACUUACUUCCUACACCUGCCCAACUUCUGUAUAAGAACCUUUCGCUUCUAACUAUUGAGGAAAUAGAUUUCAGGGCAGGUAUGCAUAAUCUCCAUGUACAGACAAGGGAAAGAGAAAGCUUCAUAUACUUUUCUGCAGAGAUUGAUGGUGCCUAUUUCAAGAGCACUAUUGAAGCAUGUAAUAGGACUGUUAAGUACAUUGCUGGGAGGUUCCAGGGGACAGGGUUAGUGAUGUUUCACUCUUGCUUCCUCUGGGCUGAUGAGGAUUUGUGCCAAUCUGUCAUUGUGGAGAUAUUCAAUGAGGAGAGUGAUGGACUGACAAGUUGUAACGUAAUUAUUGCAAUAGUCAAAAUAACAGGACUAGUCCCACCAACAAGAAUUGCAAAACAUAGGAUAACUAUAUUUACUUAAACCCUCAUGUUUCUAGCCAUUGUUUUUGGACCAUGCAAUCCAUCUAGUGUCAGUGAGAGCUGCACCGAUCCAUUUAGCAGCCUAGUCAGGAAGAAAAUAGAUGUAGUAACUAUGUAGUGUAUCUGAAUUCUCUGUCUAUGUGAUAUUUUCAGAUUUGCUAGCAAUAUACACCCUGCAACAAUGUAAUAUUAUAUAUCAAACCUUAAAUGCAAAGGACGAACAAAAUCCAAGUGUGGGACUGCUUUAUUUUUUCUUGUCAUUUUUAAAUAUGCAAGAGGAGCAAGUGUGGAAGGUUUGACAAAUUUAAACAAGGUUGCCCCCUUCUGGUUAGGGGUCUUCUACCAAUAGGUCUACCCCCCCCCCAUUCCUUACAUACUGCAAGUUAUAUAACUUGUCUUUAAUUCAUCCUAGGAGUUGAAACAGAACUCAGUUUUG